AAAUGUUCAAUAAUUUUUAUCAGAAUCAAAAGUUACUUCGCGAUGAUCCUGAAGUAACCGAGUUCUUGAAGACGAAAUUAGGGGUUAAUCUUGACGGUACCGAGCGAGAAUUCAUUGGUUUUAUGUCAAGUUUCUUGAGACAGUAUAAUGUAAUGUCCUUCGAUAUCAAUCCGAUAGACCCUAGUGACGAUGCUAUAAGAAAGACAGUACAACGAGUACUUAGACCAGAUUCUCUUUUUGAACCAGGAAUUCAAAAUUCGGUUCGCGAUUAUCUUGAAAUUGCAACCGAAGGAACUACGGCAAUAUUUUCUUCGCUUGUCGUGUCAUAUAGAGGUUACCCCAGCAGAGCUAAUGUCUUAAUGAGUAUGAUAAAUGCCUUCUCUGACCAAAGUCCACAUAAUCCAAAUGAUCCAACGGCAAGAGGGCGCGAGGAAGGGAUCGAAUGUUUAAAAAAAGUGUUAAAGGCAAAGUAUGACGCCAAGAAGAUAGACGAAACACUUAUGAAAAAUGGCAGGUCUUUAAAUCCAGUGUUGGAACUUAUAGAUAAAGCUGAAUGGCGUAAAGUGUUAUAUGAACUUUCAGAGAAAUAUCCUGACAGUCAAUUCUUGAACGUUUUGAUUCGGAAAAUAGCGGAUCAAGGUUUCGUUGGUGAAAUAAAACAUCUCAAAACUGCGUCAACAUAUAUUGAGGUGUAUUCAAAGGUUUUGCUUGACCAAUUCAAUACGUUAUUAAACGCGGACGACGCGAGCUUAUCUAAAUUUUUACCGGAUUUAGUGAAAACAGCAAGUCAGCACCCACACACGUAUCUUUUUGUUCAAACGUUAAUAAAGCGAUUGAUUCAAGUACCAAAUGGUUACCCGCUAAGAAAGUUGGCUAAGGAGUUGGAAAAAGGCGUAAUUGAUGGCCGAAAUGAUCUAGUGAUAACAUUGAGAAACUUGUUAUCGGCUCCACCAGCUGCUAUUGCAUCAUCUAUUUUUCAUAUACCACCAACACCUGGAGAUGUGGUCGCGUUGUAUAAGCAAUAUAGUUCUAGACCACCACCUUCUCCCAUAUUUUUGCGCGAUCCUCAAUUGCUCUAUUGGUUAUUAAAUAAUAUAUUCGUACCUUCUGAGAAAAACAAAAACUUGAAGCAAGAUCUUAAGGAAAAGUAUUUAUAUUUAGCGGCUUUCGCUUCAAGCGCCAAGGAAUUAUCGAACGGAAAGAUUGAUUCUUCACAAGUCGAUAGUACCUUUACAACACUUAAAAAACUCGAAGCUGCCGUUUCUAAAAAAGGUGCAACGACUACCGAAUUCGGUAGCAUCGUUAAAGAAAUUUUGGAAUAUAUAGAUACUCCGAUAGCUUCAAUGGCUUUAAUCUUUUGGAUUAAACAUCUUUUACGCGACACGUCAUUUUAUGAGAAGCAUUUCAAACAUCAUGAAGUCCCGAUUCCUCAUCUGCUUCUUGAAGAGAUUGCGUAUCGUCAUCCUUAUCAACGAACACACGUUUUUAACGCGUUUAAAGCUGAACUGGAAUCAAAUUCAUGGAAACUUACACCGGAAAUUAUGUUGGGUCUGCGACAACAAUUGUUGGAUCGAAUGAUUUACCUGAUACAGCUUGGAUUUGUUAUACAAGUCAUGAUGUAUAUUGAAAAACAAACAAAAAAAUUAGAGGAAAGAUUAAUAAUCUAUUUUAUCAAAAAAGUUGUUCAAAUAAUUGGACCACCCUAUUCAAAAGAUUUUUAUUGUAUAAUGAUAAAGUUAAUUGAACCAUUUGAUGUUGUCUUGGAAGCACAGUCAGAUACAAGAAUACUAAUUAGACAAUUCCUUGCUGAUUGUCCUCAAAAUUUGAAUGAUAAAGAAACCUUUUAUGCUAUUUCUAAACUUAAAAAAUGUUUCAGUUAGGGUUAAACUUGGAUUAGAGUGGUUAGAUUCGAUAUUUCUACUAGGAAAUUAAUACAGUUUUAUAAUAUAUAAUUGAUUAUUGAAUACAAGCUAAAUUGCAUUAAUAAUAAUAUAUAAAGGAAAAAUACCAUAUUAUAAGGAAUAUAUAG